GUCAGAUCCCCAUGGUCGUGGCGCUUGUGGCGCACGGUCUCAGCGCUAAAAAAGCUUCGUUUAUAUCUACUGUACUUGGCAUGGCUUCAUCUGCACUCCCCUGGCCUGGACCCAGCCACUUUCGGCUUUUAGCCAAUUUAAGCCACUCUCAGCCUCACCAUGCACGGAGAAGAUGAGGAGUUAAUUGGCCGUCCAAAUUGCUAACAACAGAAAGAAGCCGCCUCGAGUAUGCCUCGUGUGCCCAGCGGCUCGUUCGGCACACCGCAUCUUUCCUACUUAGGUAUCGUUUGUCUUAUUUAUCCCCGUCUUGGCCUUUACGUCUCUGUUUAUCUGUUGGGUCUGCUGAGGGUGGAAAGAUUUGCCAAUAUUAUAGCCAAGAACGCCUGCCCCUUAAUACCCUUAUACUCCUCUCCUCGCGUUGCUUCUGGUCUCUAGGUCACUAUGGUUCGCAUUCUAUUGCCAAUAUUCGCCGCAAUUGGCGUUGCUACGGCUGUCGUCCAACUUACCACGACGGGUUGUAGCGAUUCAUCCGGCCUGCAGACCUGUUUGAAUGCAGUCACAGCCUUAACGUCUAAGUGCUUGAACCAAGCAGACGCUGACGCGAGCCAGCUCGAAACUGUGGCGUGUGGUUGCACAAACUAUAUUUCGAGCUACAACUGCUACGCAUCCCACUGCUGGAACCGCGUCAACGAGUGCGAGUACCAGUCGUACAUCAUCGAGUACCUGAUCAAUUGCCCAACUGCAAAGACUCCCGUUCCAUACUUUCCCACACCAAAAGGAGCACCCGCCGCCUGCUCCUGCAACGUGGGGGAGGUCUACGAAGCUAUUACCGGGAGCAUCUCCCAGGGCACGACAUGCGUGAACAACCAGAAUGGAGGCGACGCCUUUACGAAUGUGCAGAGGAUCCAGGGCUGCGAGUGCUGCGAAGUCAGCGCUGCCCUUUCGAGCAUCUAUGGCAUCUGCCCCACCACUGACCCCACGCUCAUCGGCUUGAACCAAGUCCAAAGUCUCGAAACGAAUCUCAACACUCCGAUCAACAGCUGCGCGCCCUACAUCGCCAAGUACCCGUGCGAGUCUGACCUUGGUUUCCCUGCCGUCGCGGGCGGGACAUUCUACGAUGCUGCUAAUCUCCCGGCGAGUGGGACGGCGACAUUAUCGAAUGGGCCUGGGACGGUUACGGCACCAGCUAGCGGGUCGGUGUUCACGUAUACAAAUCCCGCAGAUAGCCAGGUGUAUGUUAUUUCGGCUGCAGGCGUAAAGGCUGGCGGGGGUGACAGCGGAUCCGGCAACGCGGCCGCGACAACUACUGGCAGCAGUGGCAGUGGGAGCUCGGGUGGAUCAGGGGGAUCAAGUGGAGGGACCGCCACUGGGGGUGCUGCAUCUCCAGGUAAGACGGGCGUGGCCGGACAGGUUUCGGCCAGAUGGGGAUUGCUUGUCGUUGCAGUUUUGGUUAGUUGCCUGAUGGUAUGCUAAAGGGAUAUAUAGAUAAUACAUAGUAAUAGAUAUACAAACAUACCC